AUGAAUUACUGGUCUCCCGCAUGGUCACAGGCGCAAAUGGGAGCUGCGUGUCAUCUUGUAUCUGAGAUGAUCGUCUAUGGUGAGUCCGCAACCUCCGACUUCCCCAAGAUCUCGGACCUGCUGCCCAAAGAGCCUUCGACGUAUGGCAACGAUUGCUUUCCGGCUAUUGCUAAUAACCGCGCGGCGCAGACCGUUGGCGCAGCCACCAGGAACAGCCCCCAGGUCUGCUUUUUCUCCUUUGGAGGCGAUACCUUCCUCGCCGUUGUCCUCAGGCGCGAUAGUGCCGCCGUGGACGCCUCCCUGGCCCCGGAGGACCUGCUCCCCGGAAAGAAAGGCUUCCGGGAAAUCGUCACAACUAUGCCAUCUCGCAUGCCACUAACAGAUACGUCUCCGAGCCCGACACACCCCAAUGAUCACACGAUCUGCACCGGUAUGGGAAGCGAGAGGGCGAGCUGGUAG